AUGCUCAACGACGAUGCGCUCUCACCUCAAACUGUGGUCCGCGGUGCAAUCAAACAUCCUUUCGCACUUCUCACGCCGUCAAUCGACUUCCAAAGACUUGAUCGAUCCACAAUGGCGCCCAAAACCGAUCGACCAGCGAAGCGAAGAAAGCUUCUCCCUCGGGGUGUCGCUGAUUCUCGCGAUUUACUUGAUGUAAGCAGCGAAAUACUCAUGGUCAAGGUCGGGAGUGGCGACGAUCCAGUCCAACCGAGUGCAGCAUGCGAAAAUUGCGGCAAGAAGGAAGGCGAGCAGCAACGUGCGGGAGAUCUUGCUGAUAAUAUGAACCAAGAAGAUGGACAAGGUGCAGGAGAACUCGAGAAGCAAAACGUAGUUCUUGUCCAGGGUGACGACAAGGGUGCUGGCACAGACUCCGACAAGGACGGCGCAAUUGACAAAGAGAGCGACGAGAACAGCAACGAAAGUGACGACAGCGAUGACGACAGCGAUAUCGACUCAGGAAUCUCCGACCAACGCAUCUUCCAUGUCCACAAAAGCGUUCUCUGCAAGACAUCCGCCUUCUUCCAAAAUGCAACGAAGCCAGAAUGGACUGGUCCAACACCGCGACCUACAGAUCUUUCUGACGAGCUUCCAGAAAUCUUCCAUUUGUAUGUGCAAUGGUUGUACAGUGGGAAGAUCGCCGUCGAGAUCACGCCCUCCAGUGACUCGGAUACGGACGUUCGCAAACACGAGAACGUGGAUUAUCAUUCACUGAUUCAGUCGUACAUACUUGGAGAGAAGCUCAUGGAUACCACAUUUCAGAACGCAGUACUGCAAUGUUUGAUCGAGUGCGUGGAGCAAGCAGACUGUUUUCCCGGUGACCGGACUAUCAGGACGGCCUAUAAGCGCACGAUAAAGCACUCGCCUCUUCGUAAAUUGCUGGUCGACUUCUGGGUGUGGCACGGCGAUUCUGAGGGGGCGGCUGAUGACAUGAAUGCGAGCCUGGGGACCGACUUCACGAACGACUUACUUAAGGCCAUGCUUGAAGCGCGUCCUAGUCCGGACACGAAUAAAGCGAAGGUCCAGCCUCCUUGGCUGACACAUCCGGAGAUCUACAGCAUAAAGGAUAACAAGAAGACCGCCAAAGACACCAGCAACAGCUGA